AUGCCAGCCACUAACAACUCCAACGGCGAUUGUUCCGUCACGUGCGACGCAAUCAUCGUUGGAGCCGGCCUCAGCGGCAUCUUUGCUGUGAACAAAUUGCGCAAGCUUGGACUCAACGCCAAAAUCUUCGAGGGAGCCCCCGAUUUUGGCGGCGUCUGGUACUGGAACCGCUACCCUGGCGCACGUGUUGAUUCGGAGACGCCCUUCUACCAACUGAACAUUCCAGAAGUCUGGAAAGACUGGACCUGGUCUUGCCGCUAUCCUGACCAGAAAGAGUUGCUGUCAUAUGUGCACCACUGUGACAAGAUUCUGGGCUUGAGAAAAGACGUGUACUUCGGAGCUGAGGUGGUUGAUGCGCGGUAUGCCAGAGACCUGGGCACCUGGACUGUCAAGACGUCUGCUGGCCAUGUUGCAACGGCAAAGUAUCUCAUUCUCGCUACGGGUUUGCUCCACAGGAAGCACACUCCUGCACUCCCGGGCCUGGCCGAUUUCAAUGGGAGGGUGAUUCAUUCGAGCGCCUGGGACGAAGACUUCAGCGCAGAGGGCCAGAGAGUCGCCGUCAUUGGUGCCGGGGCCACAAGCAUCCAGAUUGUUCAGGAGUUGGCCAAGAAGGCUGACCAAGUAACCAUGUUUAUGCGAAGGCCGAGCUAUUGUUUGCCCAUGCGGCAACGAACGAUGGAUAGGAACGAGCAGACAGCCUGGAAGGCCUACUACCCAACGUUGUUUGAAGCGAGUCGAAAGUCUCGGAUUGGUUUCCCGGUCCAGGCACCGUCGGUCGGCAUCUUUGAAGUUAGCCCCGAGCAGCGGGAGGCUUAUUUCGAAGAGUUGUGGGAGCGUGGGGGGUUUAAUUUUCUUGCUUGCCAGUACCGAGAAGUCAUGGUUGACAAAAAUUCCAACCGACUUGUCUACGACUUCUGGGCUAAAAAGACUCGAGCUCGCAUCGUCGAUCCGGCAAAGAGAGAGCUCAUGGCUCCUCUGAAGCCGCCGUACUGGUUCGGCACCAAGCGUUCCCCACUGGAGAGCGACUACUAUGAAAUGCUGGACAAGCCGAGCGUCGAAAUUGUGAAUCUACAACAAUCGGCCAUUGUGGCUGUUACAAAGACAGGGGUGGUCUUGAGUGACGGCAGCAAUCGGGAAUGCGACACGAUCGUGCUGGCGACAGGUUUCGACAGUUUCACUGGCUCAUUGACACAUAUGGGCUUGAAAAACAAGCACGGAGUCGAUCUGAAGGAGGUGUGGAAAGAUGGGAUAUCUACUUAUAUGGGAGUCUUCUCUCAUGGCUUCCCCAAUGCCUUCUUCGUCGCCACGGCUCAAGCUCCCACCGCCCUUUCCAACGGCCCAACAAUCAUAGAAACCCAAGUCGACUUGAUCGCCGAUACAAUUGCAAAGUUGGAGGCCGAGCACGCCACGUCCGUCGAGGCGAUGAAAUCAGCACAAGAGGCAUGCUCCUCUCAGCGCCGCUCUGAUCUUGGCUGGCGCAUCAGACUUCAAGAAGGAGUCUUGGACGCGACCACGAGGAUCAAGGCAGAACGGGAACUGAGGCCCACUGAUGAGCACCUUCACGUCAUACAAGACAUCCUCAAAGACGAUGUCACCUCGCAGCGGUUGGGCGCCAGCAAGGGCAGGCUGCCAACUCCGUCGUGCUCCAAGAUCUGGGCAAAUCCUUCUGUUUGGGAACCCGCGAUCAUCAAAACCUCGGAGUCUCAGACUCUAUUGAGUCACUUCAUGAACGAGACGGCGGUCCAGCUUGUUGCCCGAGAACCGCAACACAAUCCCCUGCUGAGUUUCGUGCUUCCUUGGGCACACUCGGAAACCAUGAUUAUGGAUGCCAUGAUGGCCUUGGGCGGCGCCCAUGUCAGCCACAAGACGGGAAAUCCGGCAUUGAGAGCGGCCACGACCGAGCAUUACUUGUCUGGCAUCCGAGGGCUCAAGUAUGCGCUGACGCACUGGAAUUCUGGUGCCCCGCAGGACACGGUGCGCCUGUUAACCGUUGCCAUGUUGCUGUGUCAGUAUGAAGCUGUCACGUGCAAUCGCCGCAUCAUUGCAUACUACCAUCUUCGCGCCAGCCGAGAAUUCAUCAGCACAAUCUUUGAAGCUGGAGUCGGCAAUCUCUUAAGCCAGCAGCGCGAGGUCUUUGGCUUCCUGUUGGAGUACUAUACAUAUAUGGCCAUCGUGCGCAACAUCACCAUCACGUCGGACCGCCGGAUGGAUGUGGUGGCUUCGGACUGGUUUGUUCAGUCUCUGCAGCACCUGCAGGGGUACCAAACCUUUGGCAGCAUGCUCGGGAGCUCCUGGGAGCUCUAUGAGCUCAUCCCCACCAUUCCCCUGCUCCAGGACCUGGAUGGGGAGCCAUGGACCAUGGCGUACCUUGAUCUGGAGGAAAAGAUUAUAAACUGGUCACCGGCGAUGACAACUCGAUCUGAGACGCCAGCCUGGGUCCAAAGCUCGACUGCAGUGGAUCGCAUCUAUCAAAUUGCUCUGUUGACUUUCCUGUACUCGGCACGGUACAUGAAAAAUGACGACAAGGACGAAUUCUGCCAGAAACUUGACCCUAUCAUUAUCGAAUUUCGCGUCCUGUGCGGCCAGCUGAGGGGUUCGCCGUCACGCACCAGGCUGCUGUGGCCCCUGCUGGUCAUCGGCUCGUGUCUCAGCUCGCCAGAGGAUCGGCAGAAAAUGUGUUCGGGCUUGUCAGGGUCCACGUACGACAUGGCCAUCACUCAGCGAGCGGUGGAGAUAUUGCAGAUGACUUGGGAGCUGGACAAGGAGGGCAUGUAUGGCCCAGUGGCCUUGGAGACCGUCGUGAAGAGUCAUGAUUUUUGUGUGAGUUAA